AUGGACUUACAGGGUUUGUCCUCAUCAUCAUUUUUCUCUGAGGAUGUUUCUUUUCCCAGUGAGAGGCAGGUGGGGUUUUGGAAGUCAGAAACGAUGCCUGAUCAACAUGUUCAGAAUAUUCGAGAUACAUUAGCUAAACAGUAUGUUGGUCGAUUCCUGGGACAUUCUCGCUUUUACGUUGAUCGUGUUGUUUGGCUUAGAAAGUUGGUUAUAACUUUCUCGGUUGGGAAAUCAGCUGUUUUAUCACCCCCAGAGAAACUUGUAGCUGUGGAGCCGGUUAAAUCGCUUGAACAGCCUCAGCCUUCCCUUAUGCGUGACCAUAAAAUGAAUCAUAGCUUAGAUAGGCAUGCAGUGGGAGCAGAGAGAGCAUUAAGUAGGUCCUUCACUUUAUUGAGAGCCGUGGACAAUGAUCCUGGUACAAGGACUAGUUUGAAUGAGCAGCCGGCAUCUUAUUUUGCAGAAGGUGGCAAAGUGAUGGCAACUCAGCAUGAGAAUAGUCUCUUCUCAAGCUCGUUAUCGGAAUUAUUCAGUAGGAAGUUGAGAUUAUCUUCAACCAAUCCUCUAUAUGGCCAUUCUGUUGAUACCAUUGCCUCUCAUUUUGAGGAAGAGGAACCUUUUGAGUCCCUUGAAGAAAUUGAGGCCCAAACCAUUGGAAACCUUCUCCCCAAUGAUGAUGACUUGUUUACCGGAGUGACCGAUAGGAUAGAAAAUAUCAACCAUCCCAAUGGUGGAGAUGAUAUGGAGGAGUUGGACUUUUUCAGCAGCGUUGGAGGGAUGGAUUUGGGGGAUGAUGGUUCUGUGGGCCAGAUUGAUUCUGAGUUUUCUGGAGGAGCUUCCAAUGGUCAGCUGGGGGCUUGCAAUCUUUCAAUGGCGGGAGAACACCCUUAUGGUGAACACCCUUCAAGAACACUCUUUGUGAGAAAUAUAAAUAGCAGUGUCGAAGAGUCUGAGUUAAGGGCUGUAUUUGAGCAAUAUGGUGAUAUUCGUACACUUUAUACGGCUUGCAAGCAUCGUGGUUUUGUUAUGAUAUCCUAUUAUGAUAUUAGAGCAGCCAGAAAUGCGAUGAAAGCACUACAAAAUAGGCCAUUGAGACGUAGGAAACUUGACAUUCAUUACUCAAUUCCAAAGGACAAUCCUUCAGAGAAAGAUUUUAACCAGGGCACUCUUGUUGUAUUCAACCUUGAUUCUUCUGUUUCGAAUGACGAGCUUCAUCGGCUCUUUGGUGUCUAUGGAGAGAUCAAGGAGAUUCGUGAAACCCCAAACAGAAAUAAUCACAAAUUUGUUGAAUUUUAUGACGUGAGAGCUGCCGAGGCUGCUCUUCAUGCAUUGCAAAAGAGUGAUAUUGCUGGGAAGCGGAUUAAGCUUGAGGCAAGUCGUCCAGGGGGUUUAAGACGUUUAUUGCAACAGAUUCCUCCUGAGCUGGAACAAGAUGAGUUUGGGCCUUUUGUGCAGCAGAGUAGCCCUCCCAAUAACUCAACUACUGGAUUCUCUGGAACAAUUAUAUCCUGUGGCAUGGAUAAUGGUCCUAUUUUGGGCGCACCCUCUGCAAUACAAGCCCCAUUUCUGGAAUCUGCAUUGCAUCAGGGAAUCUCUUCUAGUGUUCCUAACAACUUGUCCUCACUUUUGAGAGUUGAAUCAGCUGGCAAUCAAACUGGCUUUGCUGAGCGCAGUCACUCACCAGGUCAAUUGAAAUUUGAAAUUCAGGGCACUCCAAAUUUUCAUCCUCAUUCACUUCCAGAGUAUGAUGGCCUAAAUAGUGGUGUUCACUGCAAUUCUCCUGGAGCAAUGGCAGCAAACAUCAAUGCUAGGCCACUUGAAAGAAUUGAUACACGGCAGUUAGCCAGAAUUAGCCCAAAUGGAAACCCAAUUGAAUUCAACGAAGGAGUUUUUGGAUCUGCCCGAAAUGGGAGCUGCUCUCUACCUGGGCAUCACUAUACAUGGGGUAACUCCUAUCAUCACCAACCUCCAAGCAUGAUCUGGCCAAACUCACCAUCAUUUGUCAAUGGAAUUUCUGUUGCUCAUCCUGGACCACGGUUGCAUGGACCUCCUAGAGCACCACCUCCUAUGCUGAAUCCAGUUUUACCCAUCAAUAACCAACAUGUGGGAUCGGCACCAGCUGUUAAUCCUUCUCUCUGGGAUAGGCAACAUGCAUAUGCGGGGGAAUCUCCUGACACUUCUGGUUUCCAUCCUGGUUCCCUUGGGAGCAUGAGGAUUUCCAAUAAUUCGUUGCACUCCAUGGAAUUUCUUUCUGCUAACAUCUUUCCUCAUGCUGGGGGAAACUGUCUGGAACUUCCAAUGCCCCCUAAAAAUGUUGGGCUCCAAUCACAGCAGCAGAGAUCCAUGGUGUUUCCUGGCAGAGGCCAAAUGAUUCCCAUGAUUAAUGCAUUUGAUCCUCCCAGUGAACGUGCUAGAAGCCGUAGAAAUGAAGGCAGCAUUAGUCAGGCUGACAAGAAACAAUAUGAGCUUGACAUUGAUCGCAUAUUGCGAGGGGAUGACAACCGAACAACGCUUAUGAUAAAGAACAUUCCUAACAAGUAUACUUCAAAAAUGCUUCUGGCUGCAAUUGAUGAACGCCAUAAAGGAACUUACAAUUUCAUUUACCUGCCAAUUGAUUUUAAGAACAAAUGCAAUGUUGGGUAUGCAUUUAUCAACAUGAUUGAUCCCAGUCAAAUAAUUCCAUUCUAUCAGGCAUUUAAUGGAAAGAAAUGGGAGAAGUUCAAUAGUGAAAAAGUAGCAUCACUUGCUUAUGCCCGCAUACAAGGCAAAGCAGCUCUCAUUGCACAUUUCCAGAAUUCAAGCUUGAUGAAUGAGGAUAAGCGAUGCAGACCCAUUCUCUUCAAUACUGAUGGACCCAAUGCAGGUGACCAGGUGCCCUUUCCAAUGGGGGUUACUGUAAGAACUAGACUUGGGAAAACCCGAACCAUCACCCAUGAGGAGAACCAGCAAGGAAGCCCAUCAAAUCUGGCAGGUGGGGAGGAUUCUUCAAAUGGGGACGCUUCCUCAGGUUCUGGAAAGGAGUCUGAUUAA